AUGACACAACACACCGGCCGUGCCCCCAAUACACCGGCCAUGCUCCCAAUACACCGGCCGUGCCCCCAACACACCGGCCGUACCCCCAACACACCGGACGUGUCCCCAACACACCAGCCGUGCCCCCAAUACACCAGCCGUGCUCCCAACACACCGGCCAUGCCCCCAACACACCGGCCAUGCUCCCAACACACCGGCCGUGCCCCCAAUACACCGGCCGUGCCCCCAAUACACCGGCCAUGCUCCCAACACACCGGCCUUGCUCCCAAUACACCGGCCAUACCCCCAAUACACCGGCCAUGCCCCCAAUACACCGGCCAUGCCCCCAACACACCGGCCGUGCUCCCAACACACCGGCCGUGCCCCCAAUACACCGGCCAUGCUCCCAAUACACCGGCCGUGCCCCCAACACACCGGCCGUGCCCCCAAUACACCGGCCUUGCUCCCAAUACACCGGCCAUGCCCCCAAUACACCGGCCAUGCCCCCAAUACACCGGCCAUGCCCCCAAUACACCGGCCAUGCCCCCAACACACCGGCCGUACUCCCAACACACCGGCCAUGCUCCCAACACACCGGCCAUGCUCCCAACACUCCGGCCUCGCUCCCAACACACCGGCCAUGCUCCCAAUACACCGGCCAAAUUCGCAAUUCACUGGGACUGA